AUGAGCACUGAGAGCUCCCGGACUGGAACGGGCGCUGGAGUGGGCUCUGUGAGCUCCCGGACUGGUCUGGUGAAGUUAGGAAUUCAUUGUAUCACAGGACAGAAGGUGGCCAUAAAGAUAGUUAAUAGAGAAAAGCUAUCAGAGUCUGUUCUUAUGAAAGUGGAGAGAGAGAUAGCUAUUCUUAAACUAAUAGAGCACCCUCAUGUCCUAAAACUGUAUGAUGUGUACGAGAAUAACAAAUAUCUGUAUCUAGUGCUGGAACAUGUGUCUGGUGGGGAGCUGUUUGACUAUCUGGUAAAGAAAGGCAGAUUGACCCCUAAAGAGGCUAGAAAGUUCUUCAGACAAAUCAUAUCUGCUCUGGACUUCUGUCACAGUCACUCUAUAUGCCACAGAGAUCUUAAGCCUGAAAACCUCCUGUUGGAUGAGAAGAAUAAUAUCAGGAUUGCUGACUUUGGCAUGGCCUCCCUACAGGUUGGGGACAGUCUGCUGGAGACCAGCUGUGGAUCACCCCAUUAUGCAUGUCCCGAGGUCAUCAGGGGAGAGAAAUAUGAUGGACGUCGGGCAGAUGUGUGGAGCUGUGGGGUUAUUCUCUUUGCUCUGUUGGUGGGAGCGUUGCCCUUUGACCAUGAUAACCUGCGUCAGCUGUUGGAGAAGGUGAAGAGUGGAGUAUUUCACAUGCCUCACUUCAUUCCUCCAGACUGCCAGGCUCUCCUCCGUGGCAUGAUUGAGGUCAACCCUGAGAAACGGCUCACGUUGGAAGACAUACAAAAGCACCCUUGGUAUCAAGGGGGCAGGAACGAGCCGUGUCCAGAGCAGCCACCCCCGAGGCGCGUGUGUGUGAAGAGGAUUCUGUCUCUUACAGAUCUGGACCCUGAUGUUCUGGAGAGCAUGCACUCCCUGGGCUGCUUCAGAGACCGUGUCAAGCUCACCAGAGACCUGCAGUGUGAAGAAGAAAACCAGGAGAAGUUGAUCUACUAUCUUCUGUUGGACAGAAAGGAGCGCUACCCUAGUUAUGAAGAUGAACAUCUUCCACCCAGAAAUGAUAUUGAUCCUCCCCGUAAGCGGGUGGACUCGCCCAUGUUGACCCGUCAUGGGCGCUGUCGGCCGGAGAGAAAGAGUCUGGAGGUACUGAGUGUGACAGAGCAGGGCUCUCCAACACCUCCCCGCAGAGCACUGGAUACCUCUGCACAUAGUCAGAGGUCUCGGUCAGUUAGUGGAGCUUCAACCGGCCUCUCAUCCAGUCCCCUCAGCAGCCCUCGAGUCACCCCACAGGGCUCCCCACUCCCCACCCCUCUGGGGACUCCUGUGCACCAUCCCCAGCACCCCCCUCCCACCCCGCCCUCCUCCUCCUCUUCUUCCUCCUCCUCACGAGCUGAAGGAGGUGGCGGUGGUGUGGGCGGUGGCUCCAUGUCCCUAACCCCGCCCUCCAGUCCUGGGGGAAGUGGUGGAAUGGCUGCCAGUAGUUCAGCCCACUGGAGGACUCGCCUCAACUCCUUCAAGAACAACCUGCUGGGUUCGCCACGCUUCCACCGCCGAAGGCUACAGGUUCCUACGUCAGAAGAUAUGUCCAGUUUAACUCCAGAGUCCAGCCCAGACCUGUCAUUGAGUGCUCAAGGUCAGACUGUGCUAUCGGCGCUGCUGUUCAGUAAUCUGCUGUGGUUGUCUCUCAUUUUGGCUCUGAGGUUCUGCCUAAAGCUUCUCCUAUCAUACUACCGAUGGAUGUUUGAGCAACAUGGACGCAUUUCUACCAAGACCAAAGUCUGGGCGACUCUAGUUAGGCUGCUGUCCAGUAUAAAGCCAUUACUGUACAGCUAUCAGACGUCUUUACCACACCUGCCUGUACCUCCCAUUAAAGACACUUUGGAAAGAACUCUAGUUAGGCUGCUGUCCAGUAUAAAGCCAUUACUGUACAGCUAUCAGACGUCUUUACCACACCUGCCUGUACCUCCCAUUAAAGACACUUUGGAAAGAGAAGCCCUGCAGGCUCAGGUGAGGAAGCAGUUCUUCAGCUCUGGAGAGAACAAGCGCUGA